AUGACUAAGACAGGGAGGGAAAAGAGAAGAGGCAGCUUGGAGGGCAAGAGGGAGCAGAAGAGCUACAAGGCGCUGCUGCAGGAUCCCAUGCUCCGGUUCUCUGGCCUCUACCAGGAGAGCUGCUCAGACCUCUAUGUUACCUGUCGGGUGUUUGCAGAGGGCAAACCUCUGGCGCUGCCCGUACGCACCUCCUACAAGGCCUUCAGCACCCGCUGGAACUGGAAUGAGUGGUUGAGGCUGCCAGUGAAGUACCCAGACCUGCCCCAGAGUGCCCAGGUGGCCCUAACGGUGUGGGAUGUGUACGGGCCGGGCCGAGCCACCCCGGUGGGGGGAACCACCGUCACCCUCUUCGGCAAAUAUGGAAUGUUCCGGCAGGGGAUGCAUGACCUGAAGGUGUGGCCUGGGGUAGAGGGGGACGGAGGGGAGCCCACCAGCACCCCAGGUAGGACCAGCAGCAGUCUAGCAGAGGACCAGAUGGGAAGACUGGCCAAGCUGACCAAGGCCCACCGGCAGGGUCACAUGGUGAAGGUAGACUGGUUGGACUGCCUCACUUUCAGAGAAAUAGAGAUGAUCAAUGAGAGKGAGAAACGCAGUUCCAACUUCAUGUACCUAAUGGUGGAGUUUCCUCGUGUCAAAACUGGUGAAAAGCCAGAGUACACUAUUGUCUAUUAUGAGAAGGAUGGAGAUGACGCCUCACCUGUGCUCACCAGCGCUGACAUCGUCAAAGUCCCCGACCCUCAGAUGUGCAUGGAGAACCUUGUGGAGAGCAAGCACCAUAAGCUAGCCCGUAGCCUACGGUGUGUACCGUCAGACCACGACCUAAAGCCUAACGCUGCCACACGAGACCAGCUCAACGUCAUAGUGAAUUACCCCCCAACGAAGCAGCUGAGCUCUGAGGAACAGGACCUGGUGUGGAAGUUCCGUUACUACCUCACCACUCAGGAGAAGGCGCUGACUAAGUUCCUGAAGUGUGUGAACUGGGUCCUGCCCGGGGAGGCUAAGCAGGCCCUUGAGCUGCUGGGGAAAUGGAGGCCCAUGGACGUAGAGGACUCCCUGGAGCUGCUCUCCUCCCAGUUCACCAACCCCACCGUACGACGCUACGCUGUGACCAGGCUGCAGCAGGCCGAUGACGAGGAUCUGCUGAUGUACCUUCUCCAGCUGGUCCAGGCUCUGAAAUACGAUCUCCAUGACAUCCAGGGAGGGCUGGAGCCAGGCAGCAAGAGGGACAGCCAAGGCCUGGGAGAGAGCUCCAACCUGGGGGACCUGGACAGUCCCCAGAUCUUGACUGCUCCAGCGGUGACCUCACCUGCCCAGAAAGGAAAAGGGGCGGCCAGCGAGAACCUCGAGCAGGACCUGUGUACCUUCCUCAUCUCCCGUGCUUGUAAGAACUCAACACUGGCCAACUAUCUGUACUGGUAUGUAAUAGUGGAGUGUGAAGACCAGGACACCCAGCAGAGAGACCUGAAGACCCACAAUAUGUACCUCAACGUCAUCGGGAGGUUCAGCCAAGCACUGCUCAAGGGUGAUAAAGUGAGGGUGAUGCGAUCUCUCCUGGCGUCCCAGCAGACGUUUGUGGACAGACUGGUACAGCUGAUGAAGGCCGUGCAGAGAGACGGCAACCGCAAGAAGAAGACGGAGCGACUGCAGGCUUUGCUAGCGGACAAUGAGAAGGUGAACCUGUGUGAGAUUGACCCCAUCCCUCUGCCUCUGGAACCCUCGGUGAGAAUCAGAGGCAUCGUACCAGACACCGCCACACUAUUCAAGAGAUGUCGUUUUGUCAUUCUUUUUCCAGCUGGUUACUGUGUCAUCACAUACAUCCUGGGAGUGGGAGACAGACACUUGGACAACCUGCUCCUCACAAAGACUGGAAAGUUAUUCCACAUAGACUUUGGCUACAUCCUGGGUCGUGACCCCAAGCCCCUGCCUCCCCCCAUGAAGCUGAGUAAGGAGAUGGUGGAGGGGAUGGGUGGCAUGCAGAGUGAACAGUACCAGGAGUUCAGGAAACAGUGUUACACAGCCUUCCUUCACCUCAGGAGGUACUCUAACCUCAUCCUGAAUUUGUUCUCUCUCAUGGUGGACGCCAACAUUCCUGACAUCGCCCUGGAGCCUGACAAGACUGUUAAGAAAGUGCAGGACAAGUUCCGAUUGGACCUGUCGKACGAGGAGGCCGUUCACUACAUGCAGAGUCUGAUUGAUGAGAGCGUGGGGGCUCUGUUUGCUGCCGUGGUAGAGCAGAUACACAAGUUUGCCCAGUACUGGCGCAGAUGAGAAGGACAGAAAGAUCAUCCGACUUGGACAGUGGAUGGGUGGACAGAGAGGGGGAGCUGUUGCCAUAGUAACACCAGGUACCCCGACCCUCCCCUGCAGGUGGUGUGUGUGUGGGAGAUUGACAGGAUCCAUCCAUGACACUGAUGAACGGAGGCAAAUGAUGCACUGCCAACCUCUGUUCACUGCAAGAAUGAAGAAAACUCAACCCGGACUGUGCGGUAGCAUUUUGUAUAUAUUCUGUAUAUUAUUGAUUCAACAUAUGAGAUGUAUGGCCAAAUAAAACCCUGUUACUACAGUAUAACACUGA